UGUCUCGUGCAAGGAACGCCCAGCACCCCACGUGGCCGGCCAGCCCAGCAGCGCGCGCAGCUUACGCUGCUUCCUCUCCGCCUCGCCCGCUCGCCCUUUUUGCAGGCUAGCCAAUGAGAGGCCAGAUCUCCCCACCUUCCCCCUCCCCGGGAGCCGCUUCUGAUUGGCCGCCUGUGAGGAGGGCUGGCGGCCCCGCCUCCUUUGAAGCCGCCGCUGCGCCGGUUAGGCUGAGGCGUGCACAGGUGGCAGCGGCGGCGGCACUGCGCUUGCAAGGGAAAGUGGGGUGGGCAGCCGCUUGCCUUGCCUUGCCUAGCUUGGCCGGCCAUGGAACUUCGUCUGGAAGGAGCAGCCGCCGCCGCUAGAGGAGGAAAGGAGGAAGCAGCACCCGCAGCCAUCAUCCAGGAGGGCUGGUUCCGAGAGACGUGCAGCCUCUGGCCCGGGCAGGCCCUCUCUUUGCAAGUGCAGGAGGUUUUGCAUCACCAGCGAUCGCUCUUCCAGGAGAUCCUCGUCUUUAGGAGCAAAACAUACGGGAAUGUUUUAGUCCUCGAUGGCGUCAUCCAGUGCACAGAGAGGGACGAGUUUUCGUACCAGGAAAUGAUUGCCAACCUCCCCUUGUGCAGCCACCCAAAUCCACGGAAGGUGCUUAUUAUUGGUGGUGGUGAUGGAGGAGUUCUGCGAGAAGUAGUGAAGCAUCCCUCUGUGGAGUCUGUAAUACAGUGUGAAAUUGACAAGGAUGUGAUUCAAGCAUCUAUGAAAUACCUCCCGGGUAUGGCCGUGGGUUAUUCCAGCCCAAAACUCACCUUGCACGUCGGGGACGGCUUUGAAUUCAUGAAGCAGAACCAGGAGGCUUUUGAUGUGAUCAUCACAGACUCCUCUGACCCCAUGGGUCCUGCAGAAAGCCUGUUCAAAGAAUCGUACUACCAGCUGAUGAAGACAGCUCUGCGGGAAGAUGGGAUUCUCUGCUGCCAAGGCGAAUGCCAGUGGUUGCACCUUGACCUCAUUAAGGAGAUGCGGCAGUUCUGCAAGUCGUUGUUCCCCGUGGUCGAGUAUGCCUACUGCACCAUCCCGACGUACCCCAGCGGACAAAUCGGCUUCAUGCUCUGCAGCAAGAACGCGAACACUAAUUUCCGGGAGCCGGCCCAACAGCUGUCCCAGGAGCAAGUGGAGGAAAUGAACCUGAAGUAUUAUAACUCGGACAUCCACCGGGCAGCCUUUAUCCUGCCAGAAUUUGCACGCAAGGCUCUGAGCACCGUGUGAGAAUCCUGACGGGCAGCUCUGCCUCUUGCCUCGGACACCUCCCCGCCGGUGGUGGGCGUGGGGAGGAAUGACCCCCGAAGCAGCAUCAACAUAGCGAGUUUUCUCCAGCAGGUGGCCUGGCCCACCCCACGCUCCCUAGCCAGCCACCGAAACAUUCCUUCCAAUUAUGUAUUAAAAAAGGACUCUGGGCUCCUACGCCACCCCUGGCACGGGACUCUAAAAACAAACAGAAAACCAGUUCAGGCUUCGCUGUCGGUCCAUUGCUUGGGCUGCUCUUUCUAAGAUGUGGAGCUCUAAUGCAGAGCCUUCAGGCACCCGCCUGCAUCCAUUUUAAGCCCCCGUGUACCCACUCAAAGUGCUGUAUUUAUAACUGACAAUGUACCUUCCUCCUCCUUCGACGGUUAUUCUGUAGUUAAGAAGGAUCAGACACCCCACCUUGUCAGGGGUGCGUGUGUGAGAGAGCUGGCUGAGUUUCCCCCCAUGGACUGGAUACUUUUUCAGUUUUGCUCCUGCGCUGUUAGGCCACCCCUUUUUUUCUCCCCCCUCCGCCCUUCACUUCUCUCCCCCCCCCCGCCAGUUUCCACGGGACAACCCACACCUCUUUCUCCUUGCCUGAUUGGGUGCUUGGCCGCCCGCCCACGUCCCCCCCUCCCCAAAAUGGAAUGCCCGCCGUCGACUCUUCAGCCAAUCGGUGGCAGGGGGGGUGCGCUCCGGAGGCGGGCGUGGUCUGUAGAGAACCGUUAACCUCUUUGUAUAGUAAAACAAAUUUGAAAAGUAAAACA